GUGAUCAUGAUGAAAGUGUAAAUCUUCACCAUGACACUCUCGGAAGACAAGAAGAGGAAGACGAAGACCUAGUGAACAGUGAUGCACUGUCCAAUGUUUUUGGAUCCUUAAGCCCAAAGAGGAAAAGGGCAAAGCUGGUGACCAGAAUUCAUGAAGAGGAGAUGAAAUCCCAGAACUACCAGAUUGCCAUCACCAUCAUCGAGGCCAGGCAGCUGGUGGGUGAGAACAUUGACCCUGUGGUGAUCAUCGAGAUAGGUGACGAGAAGAAGCAAACAACAGUAAAGGAAGGCACAAACGCCCCUUUCUACAAUGAGUACUUUGUGUUUGAUUUCGUUGGACCGCAGGUGUUCCUGUUUGACAAAAUAAUCAACAUCUCUGUUAUGCACAAUAAACUGAUCGGGAGUGUGCUGAUAGGCUCCUUUAAAGUAGAUCUGGGGACAGUGUAUGCUCAGCCAGGUCAUCAGUUUUGUGACAAGUGGGCACUUCUCACAGACCCUGCUGACAUUAGGACGGGAGCCAAGGGAUACCUGAAGUGUGACAUCAGUGUGACUGGGAAAGGUGAUGCAAUACAAGCUACGCAGAAAACAGCUGAUACUGAGGAGCAGAUUGAAAAGAACCUCUUGAUUCCCAAAGGCUUUCCAUCUGAAAGACCAUGGGCCAGAUUUUAUGUGAGAAUUUACAAAGCAGAAGGACUUCCGAAGAUGAACUCUAGCAUCAUGGCCAAUGUCACCAAAGCAUUCAUAGGCGACAGUAAGGACCUUGUGGAUCCAUAUGUGGUGGUCAUGUUUGCAGGUCAAAUGGGUCGGACAACAGUGCAAAAGAACUGUGCAGAUCCAGUGUGGCAUGAACAGAUUAUCUUCAAGGAAAUGUUCCCUCCACUCUGUCGAAGAGUCAAAAUCCAGGUCUGGGAUGAAGGCAGCAUGAAUGAUGUGGCCUUAGCCACCCACUUCAUUGACCUGAAGAAAAUAUCAAAUGAACAAGAUGGUGACAAAGGGUUUUUGCCUACCUUUGGGCCUGCCUGGAUCAAUCUCUAUGGCUCACCCAGGAACCACAGCCUCAUGGAUGACCACCAGGAGCUUAACGAAGGUUUUGGAGAAGGGGUCUCCUUUAGGGGACGUCUCUUCAUUGAGAUUGCUGUGGAGAUACUUUCAGGAGGAGCCCGAGAGUCGAAGUUUUCAAGUAUUAUCAAGGAUAUCAAAUUGCUAUCUAAAGAUAAAGACUUCAAAGCACCCAAAGGAAAAGACAAAACUGAGAAAGCAGGAGAGGAUCGAAAGUCAGCUCCUCCUUCAGAUAAGAUGAACUCAACUGAAGUGGAAGUCGAGCCAUUCGAUGUGCCUUCAGAGAUCUAUGAAGAGAAAUUUGAGGAAUUCCUCCUCUUUGGGACAUUUUUUGAAGCCACAAUGAUUGACAGGAAGGUUGGGGACAAGCCAAUAAUCUUUGAGGUUUCUGUUGGUAACUUUGGAAAUAUUACUGAUGGGGUGUCAGCAGAAGCUGGUUGGAAAAAGAAGACACGUGAUGGAGAAGCAGAUGAAAACCUGCUGCAUGAGGGGGAGGAUGAAAUUUCUCAUGACCUUGGAGUACGACUGAUAUCUACCACACCUCCUGAGAAGCCACUGGUUACAGGUGGGAACAGGAACUACCAGUACCUGCCAUACAACGAGAGGAAGCCCUGUAUCUGUGUCAAGAGCUACUGGGGUGACCAGACCUUUCGUCUGUACACUUCCAACACUCUUGAGAAAAUGGCAGAACACCUGGAAGAAUCAUUGGAGCAAGUAAAGGACUUGAUCAAGGUUUCAGAGAUUGCAUCUGAGGAGAAAAUGCGGAUAAGCUUAAAUGAUUUUAUCAAUCAAAGCAGGGCCUUCAUUACCAUUGCUGAAAAGAAGCCCAAAGGGUUGAACUGCACUGCCUUGGACAAAAAGAGACUCAUGCUGUUCAAGCAAGAGCUGGAGGCAAUGUCCAGUGAUGCCAAGGGAAUUGUUCAGCAGCAGAAAAAGAAGAUGCCACUGGAUGAAAUGAUGCGUGAGACUCAGAGCUUUAUAGAUAAAAUUCGAUUCUUGGUUGAUGAGCCACAGAAUACAGUGCCUGAUGUGUUCAUUUGGAUGCUCAGCAGCAACAAGAGAGUUGCAUAUGCAAGAGUCCCAGCAAAAAACAUACUCUAUUCCCCAGCAAAAGAGCAGAGAGGCAAGGACUGUGGGAAGAUUAAAACCCAUUUCCUGAAAUUACCAGGCAAGCGUCCACUGGGCUGGACUGUGCAGGCAAAGGUGGACAUCUACCUAUGGCUUGGACCUGCCAGCUAUGCCCAGAGCAUCAUGGAGAAUUUGCCUGUAGGAUAUGAGACUGAAUUACCACCUAACACCAACUCAGGGCACAGUGCGGUGCCCUCACCUGCCUGCCUGCUGUAUAAAACCCUGCACCUCUUCCAGCUGAGAGCCCACAUGUAUCAGGCGAGGGGACUCAUUGCGGCUGACAGCACUGGACUUUCCGAUCCUUUUGCAAAAGUUACUUUCACAUCACACUGCCAGACCACUAAGAUCAUUUCUCAGACGUUAUCCCCCACCUGGAACCAGAUGCUACUCUUCAACAGCAUUGUGCUUCAUGGCGACAGAGAGGAGAUCGCUCAGUUCCCACCAGAGAUCGUCAUCGAGCUGUAUGAUGACGAUGCAGUGGGUAAGGCAGAAUAUAUUGGGUCUACAGUGGCUGCCCCUGUGGUGAGACUUGCAGAUCAAAACUAUGAACCGCCUAAACUUUCUUACCACCCGGUGUAUUGUGGAAAUCUGUCAGGAGGAGACCUUCUUGCUACAUUUGAGCUUCUGGAGAUUCCUGAGUCGGAUCCAGACAGACUUCCCGCACUGGAUCCACCAGACAUUGGCCAGAUUUACCCAGUCCCAGCUAACAUCAGACCUGUUUUAAGCAAGUACAGAGUGGAGGUCCUGUUCUGGGGUGUUCGAGAGCUGAAGAAAGUCCAGCUCCUCUCUGUAGAUCGCCCCCAAGUUCUCAUCGAAUGUGCGGGGAAAGGAGUGAAGUCCUCUGUCAUCCAGAGCUACAAGAAAAAUCCCAAUUUCAGUGGCCUUGCAGACUGGUUUGAAGUGGAGCUGCCUGAAAAUGAACUCUUGCAUCCACCACUAAGCAUCUGCGUGGUUGACUGGAGAGCAUUUGGGAGGAGUACUCUUGUUGGAACACACACCAUCAAUUGCCUUAAGCAAUUCCUAUGUAAGACCCAGUUGGAUCCUCAAGCUACACCAAACAGACUAGACAUUAUAGAAAUUGAUAAAGCUCCAUCUAAGUCAUCCCAGCCUGCUGGUUUAUCCCAAGAAGAACCAUUUUUAGCAGAUCACAUCUAUGCUGAGGUGGAACAGGGUAAAUGUACAGUGGUAGAGCCAGAUCCAUAUCUCACAAAUCUUCCUGACACUGACCCAGAGCACGCUGCCUCUGAAGCAGGGAAAAAGAGAAAACAGAAGGAUAUGAAAAAAUCUACCCGACGGUCAACAAAGAGGAGAAAAAGAACAAUUGCAGAUGAAUCAGCUGAAAAUGUUAUUGACUGGUGGUCAAAAUACUAUGCUUCUGUGCUCAAAAUGCGAAAG